AUGAAAGCACUUCAACAAUUACUUCAUCAAGUACAAUGGGGUGGACUUGACUUAUUAGUAAUUGACAUGCCCCCUGGAACUGGUGACACACAACUAACCAUUAGUCAACAAGUUGUUUUAGAUGGUGUUGUGAUUGUAUCUACACCACAAGACAUUGCUCUUGUAGAUGCCAGGAAAGGUGCCAAUAUGUUUGCAAAAGUUAACGUUCCGAUUCUUGGGAUGGUUCAAAAUAUGUCGAUUUUUGUAUGUCCGAAUUGUCAGCAUAAAGUUCACGUAUUUGGUCAAAAUGGAGUAUUAAAGACAUCUAAAGAAAUGGGUUUAGAUUAUUUAGGUGAUAUACCAUUAGAUGCUGAUAUUUGUGAAUUAUCAGAUUUUGGUACACCUGUAGUUGUAACUAAACCUGAUAGUUAUAAUACGCAAUGUUAUAAAGAAAUUGCAAAAAAGAUAAUGAAUAAAAUAGAUUUAAAAUAUUAG